AUGCCCGUCACCACCUUCUCUCACCCUGAUCCGUACUCUUACCAGACCGGCUUUGACUCCUACCAUGAGUCUGAAGCCGUCGAAGGAGCUCUGCCGAUCGGUCACAACUCUCCCCAAAAAGCCCCAUCUGGACUAUACACCGAGAAACUGUCUGGCACCGCUUUCACUGCACCCCGCCAUGAAAACAAACAGACUUGGGUCUAUCGCAUUAUCCCCGCAGCAGCACACGAGAACUUUGUAGCCGAAGAGCAAGACACAUACCACACUCGCAUGACUACAGAAACCCACAAGCUACAUCAUAUUCCUAACCAGCUACGAUGGAAUCCCUUCGAUUUGGACGAAAAAGUCGACUGGGUUCAUGGCCUACACUUGGUUGCUGGAGCCGGCGACCCAACUUUGAAGCAGGGAUUGGGUAUCUUGCUCUAUGCCGCAGGAAAAGACAUGGGCAAGGAGGCCUUUUACUCAGCUGAUGGAGAUUUCCUCAUUGUGCCCCAACAUGGUGUGUUGGAUAUUCAAACAGAAUUGGGUCGCAUCAUCCUGCGCCCGAAUGAGAUCUGCGUGAUUCCUCGCGGUGUUAGAUACCGUGUCACCCUACCUGAUGGCCCUGUUCGUGGCUACAUCUGCGAGCUGUACCAAGGUCAUUACCAGCUACCCGAAUUAGGUCCCAUCGGCUCCAAUUGUCUGGCCAAUGCGCGCGAUUUCCAAGCUCCCGUCGCAGCAUUCGACGAUGAGGAAGAACCAUCCGAAUACAAGCUCUACAGCAAGUUCGCCAACUCCUUGUACUCCGCUCGCCAGAAUCACACUCCAUUCGACAUUGUCGCCUGGCACGGGAACUACUACCCCUACAAAUACGAUCUGGGCCGCUUCAACACUAUCGGUUCAAUCUCAUUCGAUCACCCCGAUCCCUCAAUCUUCACCGUUCUCACUGGCCCCUCGGACCACGUUGGCACAGCCAUUGCGGACUUUGUCAUCUUCCCGCCUCGUUGGCUGGUCCAGGAAAAUACCUUCCGUCCACCAUGGUAUCAUCGCAACACCAUGUCGGAAUUCAUGGGCUUAAUCGCCGGUGAUUACGAUGCAAAGACCGGGGGUGGUUUCCAACCUGCUGGAGCUAGCUUGCAUAACGUGAUGAGCGCGCAUGGUCCAGAUUCUUCUGCUUUCGAGGGUGCUAGCAAUGCUGAGCUGAAGCCGACGAAGGUUGGUGAUGGAAGUAUGGCAUUUAUGUUUGAGAGUGCUCUAAUGGUUGGAGUCUCCGAAUGGGGUCUGAAGACCUGUCAGAAGGUCCAGGAAGAGUACAAUGAUCACAGCUGGACGCCAUUGAAACGCCACUUUAAGAAUCCCAACAAGGCAUGA